AUUAAAGACAAAAUUGGCUGAAGCCGAAGGAGUUCAAGUUUCUGAGCUUGCUCUUUACGCCGCUGGUGAACCUUUGGCAGAUAAUGCCCAAUUGAACUCAUGCACUGAAUUGUCUACUUUGGAUUUGGAAGUCCGUCUUCUCGGUGGUAAAGUUCACGGUUCUUUGGCUCGUGCUGGUAAAGUAAAGGGACAGACCCCCAAAGUCGACAAGCAAGAGAAGAAGAAGAAGAAGACUGGUCGCGCAAAGAGACGUCUUCAAUACAACAGACGAUUCGUCAAUGUUGUUUCCACUUUCGGACGUCGUAAGGGACCUAACUCUAACAGUUAAAUGUAGUACUUGGGGGAUAAAUACAGUUUUGGAUGAUAUGAUUUUAUGAACUUAUCAUGAAAUGAAAAAGUUUAACCUCAUAUUUGUAACAUUAUUAAUAUGGUAGAAAAAUUUUUGACAAUAAUUUACAUUCAAGUUAUCGUCUUAUUUAGACAGAAAAAUAAGCAAUCAAAGAUGGAACCAUUAUCUAGACUAAAGAAAGUAGAGGCAGCAGUUUCAAAUUACAUAUAGGACCAUAGUGUAUUUCAAUUCCACAUUACACAUAACAUCUACUUGAAACAAUAUAUACUGAAUAGAUUAAUAACUAAAGUAUACCGAAUAUUGUAUAUAUUUCAUCGAAAAAAAAGCAGAUAAUUUAUAAGCAUAUGCUUUAUUUACUCUUGCAAAUAAUCUAAAAAUAAUUCUAUCAACUGUAAAUAAUACGAUUACAAAGAAUACGAGAAAAUAUAAAUCGGAUUUUUACAAAAAGGUCAUACCAAUUCGGUAUUUGAAGAGCACACGCUAACGGCAAAUUAGCGAGAUAAAGCUCAGAUCUUUUUUACCAUAGAAAUGAUAAAUUCGUUUGAUUACAAUAUGAACAAAUUGAAGAAAGUAGACAGUCAUGACAGUUGUUCCUAUUCUCUAAAAGUAUUCAACAUGUCAUCAGACUCGCAGACUGUUGAAUAUAGAGACAUAGAAGUAGAAGAAAGUUCAUCUGUUGAUGAUGUUGUUAAAAUUGCGCUAAAUAAGUUUGGAAUACCUGAGUAUGAGGUAUCAAGGUAUGAAUUGAGGGAUGUCAUAGGUAAAUAUAACACAGAAAGAUGGAUAGAAGAAUAUGGAAAGCUUCUGCAUUCUAACGAAAAGCCAGUUUCCAUGGAGCAAUUUAUAAGACCAUCGAAAGGCUACAUGAGAAGGUUUGAAUUAAAGAAAAAGGAUAACCAGAGUAAGAAGAGAAAAGAAUCAAAAAAUUUCAUUCAAUCAAUUGCUGCUUUUUCGGAAUCAAUCGAUUGUCAGAUUGUAAAAAUGCCGAAAAAUGAACCAUUUUUAUUGUUAUUAUCUGGAAAUGAUAGCGAAACUGAAAAAAUGGUACACCCUCUAGUCGGAACAGUUUUAACCGUUGGAAGCGAUCCUCAGGGUUGCGAUAUUCCUCUGCAAGAGGAAGAUAUUGGUGGACGUCAUUGUUGGUUAACAAUCCACAGGAAUAAUGAUAGAACAUUUCUGGGCGUAGAACCAUUAGCGGAUUGUAAAGUUAAGCUUAAUGGUAAUCGUAUUAGAGAGCCUACAAAUGUUUUCUCGGGUGAUAUUAUACAAUUUGGCGAAUGUUUUACAUUCUUUUUCAAGGACCCAAAUGAUUCUAUAAACAAGGCUAACGUUAAAACUUUAAAUUUCGAAGAAGACACUGUAGAUUAUACUACGGAAGAACUAGUAGCUAGAUGGCUAAAGAUGAAGAAAGAAUGUUACGAUCAAGAUAGAAAAAGACAUAAGUUUGCUUUUGAUUUCGAUAAAUCGAAGGAAAUUAUUCAAUAUGCUGCAGACUUAAUAGAUAGAGAUGGAACAUAUUACCGUUUAGCUCCGGUUUAUUUCUUUGCAAUGACUAUAGAAUAUUGUUCCGUUCAUCAACCGCAAACACAUACGAGGCAAUUCAUGAUAGAUCUUACGGAAACCAUUCAAAGUAGUAUACAGAAUCUGAGUUCAGUGGUUGAUGAUCUCGAUCCGAAAUAUCACGAUGUCGAUUCACAAGAUGAAUUUAACCAAAAUUUUAGCAAACUGUCCAGCUGGUUGGCUAAUUGUAGUGAACUUUAUUACUUUUUAAAAAAAAAUAUAACUCAAUAUCUUAUGGAUCCUUCAACUUCAUUGAAGGAGGAAGACUUUCGUUUAGUCGAUGUUGAACAAAGAGUAGAAUCAUCUCUUCAAAAUUCUAUUCAUAAAGCUUUUCAAACUACCAUUAAUUAUUUGACAAGAUUACUUAAUAAGUGCAUUAAUCAAAUGAUCAAUUGUUGUUUUGAAGAUAUAGAAGAUGAAGACAAUAUUCACUUAAUUGAUUUACUACAAAGUAUCGUUGAUAUCCUAGAAAAGAGUCUUAUUCAUUCAGAUAUAAUUCGAAAUUUAUUGGAUUGUAUAUUAUUUUUCAUCAAUUGUACAGUUCUAAAUGAAAUCUUACAAAAUGAUAAAUAUUUUAAUUUCCAAUUUGGAAUUCGUAUAAAAACGCUUCUCGAUCCUUUUGGCGAAUGGAUUAUCGAUAAUUGCUUAAAAACUAAAGCAGAUGAAAAAUUGAAAGGUUUACACCAGUUAGUUUCCUUACUAUCAACACCUCAAAUCAUAUUAUUAGAGAAUAAUUGGAUGGAGUUAAAGAGGAAAUAUCCAUCUAUUCCUUCUCAAAGAUUAUAUUAUAUAUUAAAGAAUUAUAAACUUAAGGGUAAUAGAUCUCUUCCGAAACUCUGGGAGCCGGAUGAGUGUAUUACAGAUAGCGAGGAUAUUAUACUUGAAAACUUUACUAAUUUCCCAAAGCUAAUCAUUCCAAGGAAUGGCUAUCAGGUCAAUUUGAAGAAUAAGAGCAUAGAUAAAUCUUUCUAUGAAACGCUUGCGAAGAUUUCAUCUGCAUUUUACACAGCUAAAUCCAUGCAAGCUAAAGUUGAUAAUGUACUUGGGAAAGAGACAGUAUCGAGACAAGAGACGCUUUCAUCAUCUUACACCGUCUCAAGAACAAAAAGCACUAAUACAAUCGAUCUCCUCGCUGAACUAGAAGGUAUUGAUAUACCCUACGAUCUUAAUGAGCUACCCGAAGGAAGGUGCAGGGCUAAUUCUCAGGGCAACGAGAUAGAAGGAGCUAACAAUAAAGAAGAAGCGUUAGCAUUUUCAAGGCGAAGAGCAUGUUCAGAAAAUUUACCAAGAAAGGCCCUUGGAAGUUUUCAGCAAAGGAGUCACUCGAUUAGCUCUCCUGAUGUAUCUAUAGGUGGAGUAGAAUCUCUUAAACCAAUUAGACCACCAAGAAGAAAAAAAACAGAAAAGAUAACGAAAAAAGAAUUAAUACCUAAUGAACUAGCUAAAUUAAACAACCUAAAACAACAACUAAUCAACGAUUUUAUACCAACAAAGAGAAAAACGUCGAAGAAGAACAAGAGAAUGACGUUAAACAGUAUAAAAACCACUACCAAGGAUAUUACUAAAUGCCCUGCAAAUAAUUUGCAAGUGCCUCUUGCUAAUUUCAUAACCUCAAGAUCUACUUCAAGAUCUUCAAGUAUUUACUCAGUUAGGUCCGAUGAUUCUGUCUUUACUGCCGACGAGGAAGUAAAGAACAUUAAUAGCAGAUGCCUAUUAGAAGAAAAUAAAUUGGUAGACGACAAUCUAGAAUCCAAUCAAUAUCUAUUAUCAGUCACACCGAAGACUGGUGAAAUGUUCCCUUUAUCGGACUCUUCCUUUUGCCCUGUAAACUUUCAGUCAACCAACUUUUAG